CUGUUUUGUCAUUGCUACUAGACACCGAGAAAACCUUUCUUUCCUCACUCUCCGAAUCGAGCCUCUAAAUCUCAGCCUCAAAAGUUCCAGACUGGGAAUAAACCCUGUGACCUAGGUUUAAAACGUAACAGAUCCUGUUGCUCACUGAGACAGACCACACUAAAAUUCCUCCCUCAGAUCCUUUACUCCAUGUAUGAACUUUCAUCCCCACUGUCACUUGGCAUAUUUUUCACCCUGUGUCAUGUCAUGGGGCAGCGUCCAAGUGCCUUGCUUACAUCACUCAUUGUUGUUCAGCUGUCAGUGUUGGUCUUUUUACGCAGCCAUGAUUAACACCUUCUGCCAGUGUAACACCAUUCCAUCCAACUCCUAGUUAGAGUAAAUAGCUCAGUAGAUUGUAUGAUACGUUGCUGCUAUCCUUUGUUUAUAGCCUCAAUUUGCAUUCUUGAUAGAGUGACCUCAAUCCUUGAUCCGUCUUUUCACCUACAUUAGACAAGUUCCUCGCAGAGUAGUUUCUGCUCAAUAGACUCCAUUGCUCCCAUAAUUUUCCCCCAACUCCUUUCCUGGUCUUGAUGCUCUUGAUGUCAUGUGGUCCACCUUCGUCGUGCAGGACGAGGAGUCCAGGUCCACAGCCGUGUCUGGCAGAGGUACUGAAACACUAGCAGGAAUGUUAGGUGUGCGAAGUGGAGGAGGCAAGCGGCGGACAAGAGCAUCAUCACCUUCCCUAAGUGACCGACAGGAAGGCAAGAUCAAGCUCGUGUUCCUUGUGGCUACACUGGGCAUCACGCUGGCUGUCCUAGGGGUGGGCACAGAGUUUUGGGUAGAGCUGGCAUCUUCAAAAAAUUUUUACAACAAUGAGACAUGCCUGGCUGCACACUAUGGCCUGUGGAAGAACUGUAUGAAGAAGCUCUGGGUUGCUGAUGUUGACCAUGAGCGGGAAACCUGUGGGCCUAUCGACCUACCUGGAGAAUCAAACUGCACCUACUUCAAGAUCUAUACAACUGGAGAAAACACAAUCCUGUUUCACAAAAUGCCAGCAAAGAAUUUGACUGUAAUCUCUGCCAUGUUGGCUAUCUUCAGUCUUUUUCUGAUGGUGAUGGGAGCGGUCUGCAUUGUCAUGGCAUUAAGCAAAGGCGUGCAGUUCUUCCUGAAGCCCGCCUCGGUCUGUUUCUUGCUAUCAGGUCUCCUUGUUUUCCUGUCGCUCAUCAUUUUUCAUCAGUCAGUCCUUUCAUUUUUGGCAAGUGACCACUCCAUACCAUUGCAUCAUGAACUUUCAUGGUCAGUAGCAUGCAUGGGAUGUGCUGCCAUCUUACUAAUAGUUGCAGGGGUUUUAUUCCUUCUUCUUGCAUUACCAUACAGCUCCUGGGAAAAGUGUUUGUCUCACAGGAACGACGGCAGCUUGUGACACGGGCACUUUGUAAUUUUCUGUACUGAUCAAUUCACUUUUCAGUACGAUUAACAAUUUGGGUCUCUCUUAAAAACUGGGUUUCUCUUUUUUUUCUUAAAAAGUAAAAUAAGCUCUUUGGGAAACAAACAAAAAAAACAUUGUGUAUUGGUUUGUUCUUGUCAGAUAAUGUAAAUGUAUGAGAUAGGGGACUUUAUAAAAUGAAUGUAAAUCAUACAGUAUUUACUGCUAUUGAUUACACUGAUUGUGUUAUAGUGUGAAUAUAAUUUUUUGGAAAUGUACCAAUGAAGUGUAUUAAGAUUAAAGAAGAAUUAUUAUUAUCAUUUGAUCUUAUUUGUGAUUAUGCUUCAUGUGCAAAACAUUUUUAGAUAUUUUUUCGAUAUAGAUAUUUUAUUCAUGACCAUGUGGUAAUAAGUUGUGGAGUGACACAUGUGUAUAAAGGUGUUGGGUUUUAAUCUACAACUGCAAUAAAGGAAACAAAUCAGCUCCCCUCGUUCCCUUCAAGAACCAGCAGUGGCAGCUUGGCUGUGCUGGCCUUGAACCUCGAUCCUCCGAUCAACAACCCAGAGCCUUAACCAGUUGAGUCACUACUGGGUAUAACCAGGCCUUUUGAUAACACUUACAGGAAAUAUAUCUAGUCAUGAGAUCUGUCGUGUUUUUUAAUAUAUUUUUUACAUUAGUGUCACAAACAUGCCAACAGUUUAAUAGCCACAAUUAUUUAUGAAAGUGUUUUUAAACAGAAUACAGAGUACACCAGCUGCGGGCUGCUGUCAUGUGCAUUAAGCAAAUUUGUAAUAAACGCAAACUAUAAACUGC